CACAGCCAUUCGGUUCGGUCUAGUCUUCUCUUUUCUCUCUUGGUUUCUACGUCGUCUUUGGACAAUGGAGUCAGUCUUACUAGUCCUGUCGUAUCCUGUCUAAUGCGUGUCUGGUCUUUGUCCCCCGGCUCAGCGACCAAUGCACGAGGAUAUCCGAGAUGGGGAAUCUUGGUGACCUAUCGCCCCAGGGGAGUGUCGCGGUUGGGGUGGUUGUCGGGUUGAUCUCGACCAGUCUCCAGGCCAUCGGGCUGACCCUCCAACGCAAGUCGCAUAUCCUCGAGGACGAGAAACACCCGUACGAUAUACGUCGACCGCCUUAUAAACGUCGGAGAUGGCAGUUGGGGAUGCUGAUGUUCGUCAUUGCGAACAUCGUCGGCAGCACCAUCCAGAUAACUACUCUCCCGCUUCCGGUGCUUUCAACCCUUCAAGCAUCCGGGCUUGUUUUCAAUACCAUCUUUGCUACUUUGAUCCUGGGUGAAGCCUUCACCAGAUACUCUUUCAUCGGCACAGUCUUGGUCUGCAUCGGCGCGCUCCUGAUAGCUUUGUUUGGCGCCGUCGGGGAGCCAGCGCAUACUCUCGAUCAGCUUUUGGAGCUAUUGCAGCGUCGAAAUUUUAUACUUUGGAUGGCAGGGACGGCCGUAUUGGUGCUGGUCAUCUAUCUCGGCUCCCGCCUGCUGAAAUUCCUAGCUUCCCCAUCUCGUUCUAAAUACCCCAACCCACGCGGUUCAUAUAGGCCGCACUUGCAAAUUUCCCACGGACGUGUCCGACUGAUCCGCGGUCUAUGCUAUGGCAUGAUCAGCGGAAUCCUAUCGGCGCAUUCUCUUCUGCUCGCCAAAUCAGCCGUGGAGCUCCUUGUUCGGACGGUCGUGGAUCGCGUCAAUCAAUUCGAUCGCUGGCAGUCUUGGGUCAUUCUUCUCGCCAUGAUCGGCCUUGCCCUCUCUCAGCUAUUCUAUCUACAUCGGGGCCUGAAGCUAUGCAGCACCAGUGUCUUAUACCCAUUUGUCUUCUGCAUCUAUAACAUUAUCGCCAUCAUAGAUGGAUUAAUAUACUUCCGACAAAUGUCCCAGCUGGCAGGCUUCCAUGCUGGGCUGAUAUCGCUUGGAACAAUUGUCUUACUUGGAGGCGUCCUUUGCUUAUCAUGGCGCUUAGAGGUAAUAGACAGUCAUGCGGCUGUGACUGUUGUCGGACCGUCUCAGACUGGCCUGGGUCCUGGAAUGGCUGUUGUCGAGGAGCACGAAACCUCGCCCCUUAGCCUGGGAAGAGACGGUCACGAGGACUUGGAGCGUGAGCCCCUCUUACGCAGUGCUCAAAUCCCUCGGCGAAGUAUUCACAAGAGAGCACCCAGUCUGCCUCUACCUCAGUCCUCCUUGAGUCCACAGGACUCCACGGCAGAUCUCGAUCCAGCUUCCAUCUGGGCAGAGUUGGAUGACUCCGACUUUGACUAUGCCGCAGCCAUGAUGCGUUCCUCCAAGCGCAGUCGCACAUUUGGAGAUCCACCAUCGGCGCAAUCAAGAAGCAGGAUGAGAAGCAGUUUCCUGCGUGGACCUCGCCGCUCCAGCACCCUUUCAGUCAACCAAAAUACCUGGAACCCGCGCAGAUCCUCCCAAGCCGCACAUCAGGGACAUCGCAGCAAGCAACGGCGAACAUCAGCACCUGCUCCAGAGAACCGCAACCUCCUUUCGAAGCCCCAACCCUACACAACCGGCUACGGCACUCAGGACGACCGCUCAGACAACCUCGUAUCAGGGCAUCGUCGCCACGAAUCCCUCACCGACACAGAAUUACCAGCUGGGUACUCGAAUCUCCUCGCAGGUCCGAGGAGCACCCUCCGCGGAGCCUGGAGAAGCGGUAUUCAGUACCUCGCCCAAUGGACCGGUAGCAAUCGAGGAAGACGUCAAAGCUCAUCCAGUCCGGGCCCCGACCUCGAAGCCAGUCCCGACGGACGUACAGAAUGAAAUUAGAUUUACAUUCCGUCUCUUACUGCACCGCCAUUUCAUCACAGUCCAAUUUUACCCCAGACUCUUUUGAUCAUAUCCACUAGACCCACACAUUAAAU